GUGUGUGUGUGUGUGAAAAGAGGAAGCAGGAUGUGUGUAUAUAAGCUGAUGGUGAAGUGGAUCUGAUCAUCAUCUGAUCUGAGCAUCAGAGACUCGACACACUCGCCUUCAUCUGAGCGGCGUGCGAAAUCCUUCUUUUCUCUGCCCGUCCGGCGGCCUCGGUGCGACCCGUCACUUUUAAACCAUCAUGUCUCGUCAAGCCAACCAGCCGAACAGCUACAGGGGGCGCUACAACAAGCCGGUGGCGACCUCCAACCUCGUGAGCGAUGGGUACGAUCUUCCCGAAUUUGAGCCUUUCGAUGAUGAGCCCACGCCCAGAGGAUAUGCUCCUGUGGGGGCUUCUCUGUCGGUGCAGCACAUCAACAUGUGCCAGCAGAUCAACAAACCAAACCACUACACCACCGCCUACGACACCCAGAACCUGGUGGUCCGCCGCGGUCAGGAGUUCCUCAUUCGGGUCACCUUCAACCGCCCGCUGACCGAUCAGGACGACUUCCAGCUCGAGUUCCUGAUUGGUUCCAACCCUUCGCCCAGUGAGGGCUCUCUGGUGGCGGUGACCUUCGGUUCUCGCCGUAGCGGCGGGUGGUUGGGCCAGAUUCUGGAGAUGCAGGGCGAAUCUGUGGUCCUGGGCAUCACGCCGACGGCCAACGCCAUCGUGGGGAAGUUUCGUACCUACGUGGCCAUCAUGGCGCCCGCAGGCAUACAGCGAACCAAGAGGGACGCCACCACCGACCUGUACCUGCUGUUCAACGUCUGGUGUCCAGAUGACGCUGUGUUUGUCCCCGAUGAGUCACAACGGAUGGAGUACGUCCUGAACGACGUCGGUGUGAUUUUUCAGGGCACAGCUGAAGCCGUGUCACACCGCAGCUGGAUGUUUGGACAGUUUGAGCGAGGUGUUCUGGACGCCUGCAUCUACAUCCUGGAUGCGUCUCAGAUGCCAAUCCACAACAGAGGAAACAUCAUCAAAGUGAUCAGGAAAGGAUCAGCCAUGAUCAACUCUCAGGAUGAUAACGGCGUGUUGGUUGGCAACUGGAGUGACGACUACUCCAUGGGCACGCCGCCCACAUCUUGGACGGGCAGCGUCAAGAUCCUGCUGCAGUACGCCAACACCGGAGUGCCCGUCUGUUUCGCCCAGUGCUGGGUGUUCGCCGGAGUCUUCAACACCUUCCUACGCUGCCUCGGCAUCCCGGCGAGGGUCAUCACCAACUUCAGCUCAGCUCACGACAACACGGGCAACCUGAAGACCGACCUCAUCUUCAAGCCUGACGGCACACCGGACGAACGCCACACCAGGGACUCCAUCUGGAACUACCACUGCUGGAACGAGGUGUACAUGGUGCGUGCUGACCUGCCGCCCGACCUCGGAGGAUGGCAGGUGGUGGACGCCACACCCCAGGAGACCAGUGACGGACAUUUUCGCUGUGGUCCAGCUUCAGUCGCAGCCAUUAAGCAAGGCCUGGUCUGCCACCCGUUCGACUGUGGGUUCGUCUUUGCUGAGGUGAACAGCGACGUGGUCUUCCAAAAGCGGGAUCGUUACGGGACUCUGACUCCAUUCAGAGUGGACACUUCUCACAUUGGACAGGCCGUACUCACCAAGGCUGUCGGCAGCAUGUCGCCUGUGGACAUCAAAGGCAACUACAAGUACCCUGAAGGAAGUAAUGAGGACAGCAGGACGAUGGCUCAGGCAGAGGGAUACGGCCUUGAGAGGGACCACUCUGAGCUGCCCGGCGCCCAGCUGUCUGUCAGCAUGAGCGCUGAACAGGUCCAGCUGGGUGAGGACAUCAACCUGGCAGUGGACUUCCAGAACCUGUCUGAAUUCCCCAAGGUGGUCCAGGCUCACCUGGCCGGGUCCGUCAUCUUCUACACUGGAGUCACAGCCCAUCACUUCAAAGAUCAGGAUUUUUCCGUCACUGUGCCAGCCAAUCGGAUUGAGCGUAUUGCGUUGAGGAUCACAGCUCAGGAGUACCUGCCUCACCUGGGCUCUCAGCUCGACAUUCAGUUUGUUGUGACCGGACAGGCUGACGACCAAUCAGUGACUGCCCUCAAGGUGAUUGACCUGCAGACGCCGCAGCUCACCAUGAUGUUAAGUGGCCUCCCUCAGGUGCGGCAGGAGAUGUUUGCGACCGUCUCCUUCACCAACCCCUUCAACUUCCCUCUGCAGAACGUACACCUGGCCAUGGAGGGACCUGGACUCAUGGAAUACAGAACACGUCACUACAGCGUCAUCGAUCCUCAGGCUUCCAUCUCCUGGAAGGAGCCGUUCAUCCCUCGGCUGGAUGGAUCUCGUUCCAUCAUGGCUGUGCUGGACUGCAAAAACCUCCACCAUGUGUAUGGAAUGGCUCACGUGGUCAUCAUGCCCUGAGAUGAUUGGCUCGCAGACAUAUGGACCCACCCCCUGCCAUUCCUUCCACCAAUCACAAGCUGGGUGACGCCCACAUCACAAAAUACUUUCUUUGAUGAUUAGAGCGCUUUUCUAAUUUGAUUUACACAACUUCAGGAAAUUCAGAGUUGUGAUAUUCUGCUUCCCAGAUGAGGGAGGUUUAAAUGAAUCAUAUACACAAUCAAAAUGCAAAUUAUUCCAGUGACUGUUAGAGCUUCAGAUUGAUUCAGUUUGAUCUUUGGAUAAUUUUGUUAUUAUGUAAACAUGAAGUAUAUGGACACUAUAGCUGGAUUUGGAACACACAAACAUUAAAAAAAAAAAAGAGCUUAGGAUUUUUUUUCCCCCAGUUUUGUUCAAAAUUAGUAAUGCAAAAGACAAAACUAAAUCAGUUUAAACAGUUUGGAAAGGCUACUCUUAAUUAAACAAAUUUUAAUUUAGCACAAACACACAGCACUUACAGACUUGUGUGUUUUCCAACAUUAAAAACCUACACAGAAUUAAUUUCAUUAAAAAUAAUGAAGGAAACCAGUAAACUAACAUAAAAAAAUAAAACUUGAUGUUUUCAUGAUAAACUGAGGUUCGAAAACGGCGAGUUGGACAGUCGGAUCAGUGUGAGCGAGUUUGGCAGCAGCUCUCCGCCCACACACAUCGGCCCUGACAGCAGGAGUCGAUAUGAAAUAUUAAUCAAACAUAAUGUCGUUCAAUCAAUAAAUGAGGAGGCCCGGCAGCAAACGCGAAGAGACCCGACGUCCUCUCAAUCUGUUCACUGAGCAUUUUUAAUCGUUGUUCUUUCUGGACGAUUGUCAUCUUUUUAACCAACAAUAAAAGCAUAUUCAAAACCA